AUUGCGCAGAAUCAAAUGAUCAAGGAUUUGAAGAAGCAGCUUGAGCAGAAAGAGAUUGAAAACGCUUCCCUCAUCAAGGCCAAUGAAGAGAUUGCGCAGAAAGAGAACGAAAAGGCUUUGUUGGUCAGGGAUUUGCAAAACCAGCUUGAGCAGAAAGGGAACGAAAAUUCCUCCCUCAUCAAGGCCAAAGAAGAGAUUGCGCAGAAGGAGAACGAAAAGGCUUUGUUGGUCAGGGAUUUGCAGAAGCAGCUUGCACGGACGGAGAAGGAGUUUGUGCAGAAAGCGAAUGAACAUGCCUCAUUGGUCAGGGACUUCGAGAUCAGGACGCAUGUUUUUGACAGUCUUUCAAUCGCAAUGCUUGCAUCUCUAAAAGAGUCCAUGGUGACGGAGUCAGCCGGAUUUCUGAUUGCUUCACUUUUGCUUGGGCUUCUUGGCGUGUUUGUCUACGAGAAGAAUAUCAAGCCUCUUCGGAGGCACUUGCUCGAGGUCAAGGCCGAGGCCAAAGAAAAGAUUGUGCAGAAAGACAAUCAAAAGGACUCGUUGAUCAUGGAUUUGAAGAACCUGCUUGAGCAGAAAGAGAAGGAAAACGCCUCUCUCAUCAAGGCCAAAGAAGAGAUUGCGCAGAAAGAGAGCGAAAAGGCUUUGUUGGUCAGGGAUUUGCAGAAAGUGCUUGCAAGGUCAAAGAAGGCGUACACCGAGAAAGCGAACGAACAUGCCUCGUUGGUCAGGGACUUCGAGAAGGAGGUUGCUCAGCAAGUUAAUGAUGAGCUUGCACGCAGGAAACACUCACAGCCACAGGUUGAUGGGGAGACUUGGCAAUUUCAAGGCGACAGCGGCGAGUGGGUCUCGUUCCCCGAUUGUGCGAACAAAGCGCUCAUGGUGAAAUUUGGAGAAGGUCAUGGAACUUGUGAGAUUAUCAUAGAUGGAAAGACUUAUGAAAUCGAUUUUAAGAACUCUUCUCAGAUGAACGUACGCACCAAAAAAGAACGUCAGAUCCGUUGCUUCUUCGACCUACCUGCCCAUUGGCAGAUGACCAAUGAAGAUGCGCUGAAGUUUUUCAGGGGCAAUCUGCAGAGGCCGCCAAUGCUUCCAGUCACCGACCAAGAUGUGAAGUCAAGAUUGGGAAAGAUCCUGAAUAAAUCACUGUCCCGUCAUGAUGGAAGCGACUGCACCUGCCUUCACGGAAGCUCAAACUUCGUUGUCACAGAAGCUUACCAGGUGAAAAAUCUUAAUUUGUGGCGACGCUACCAGCGCCUUGUGCGAUCGAUCCAGGACAAGCACAAGGAGCACGGCAUUUCCCUUGAGGAGAUCAAUCCAUCAGUCAGCGAAGCUUUGACCGAGUUUGCCCGGGAUCUCACUGUCGACCUCGCUGGCAAUGAACGGCUUCUGCUGCAUGGAACUCGAGAUUUUGAACUUGCGAGAGCCAUUGCCACAGAAGGUUUCGACAAUCGGGUGGCUCGGGACGGCCUUUUCGGAAGGGGAACCUACUUCGCAGCCCAGACCUGCAAGAGCGCUCAGUAUGCCACCCCAGAUGGAAUGAAAAGCAAAGCAUCACCGCAGAUGGUGGGAACAAUGCUCAUUGCCCGUGUGGCAACCGGAGAUCCUUUCUACACAGAAGCUCAAUGUAGCACCUUGACACGACCUCCAGAAAAGAAUGGCGCGCGCUGA